AUGGCGGGAGCCUCCGACCCACUGGAGGACAUGCUCUUCAAUGAGGUAGACGAAAAAGCAGUAAGUGACUUAGUUGGCUCUUUGGAAUCGCAACUUGUCAGCCAAAAGACUUCGCCCGCCACAUAUUCCGAUAUCAAGCGAGAAGGAUCUACGGGCACUGGCAGCCAGUUCUCAGGGAAACUGCGUGAUCAAGUGGGGUCUCUGGAGCCGCCACAACAAGGACACCCAAAAGCGGUGUUAAACGCGGAACCCAGCGCGAAUCAGGCGAUUUCCAAUACGAGUAUCACCGCUUCUACCUCUUCCAUCACUACUGGAGGCAUUAUAAACGCUGGUACCAAUUUACAAACACAUGGAGCCGCAUCUCGAAUAAUUUCCCCCGCACCACCAGGAUCGGUAACUUUGCCUGCUCAGACGACAAGCUUCAACAGAGGGACUGUUUUGGGUCCAGCUGAAACAUCGGUGGUGACUACUCCCAACUCAAACCUAACAACAACAACAGCUAUCAGGACUGCUUCACCUGGAUUACAGAGUUUUAACGGUAGCACUGGAGCUGUGAAGUUGGUCAACUCGCCAGCUGCUGCUCCCCAAAUCGGGUCAGGCGGCAACACUGUUAUAAGUACUGCCAGUGCGGGCAACUCUAUCAUUGUGUCUAUGGCUUCACAGCCUCCUCCUCUGCCAAACUAUCCUGUAUCUCAAUCUGCUGUGGCAGGUGUUACUCCCACUAUUGCAUUGCAAAGGCAUCCCAACCCCAUGGCCAGUGCCUCACAGAAUGGAGUAGUUUCUGCAGUGGUCACACAGGGUGCAGGUUCUCCAGGGGCCACCACUUCUCAGGUCAUGAACCGCAGCAACACUCUCAUGCACACUAAAAUGGUGGCAGCCAACCAGCCAGUCUCUGCUGGCCAAUCAAUAAUUAUCGGAGGGUCUCCCUCUCCUGUUGUUGUGAACUCACCCAUAAGCCCGGCACAGAGUGUGGCAAGUCCCACUCUCACAGCCGGGGUGAAACCAACGGUUAACGGAGUUGGUCAGCCCACGGUGACCAUCGUGAGGCCCCCCGGUGCUCCUGUGAUGACCACCUCCGUACAGCAGCAGAGACCUGGGCUGGUAGCGAGUCCCACGAGGACUGUGGCACCACAGCUGGUCGUCAGACCACCACAGCAAACCACCAUUCAGUUACCACCUGGAUUUACCAUACCACCCGGUAAGGAACCCUACUGAUGUUAUCCUAAUUCUAAAACCUUUAGAACCUAGGAUCUGGCUCCCCAAGCUCCAUACUGAACAGGAAUGUGCACCCUUCAAACAUUUAGUCAAUCAUUGAAACAUUCAUAUAGUCAAAAGCCUAUAGCCCAGUCUGUGCUAUUCACUAAUGCAUUUGUUAACCCUAUGCUAAGGCCCCAAAAAACUCAAACGACCCCCCAAAAAGUCAACCAUUCAAAAGGCAUAUAAAGAAAGAUGUGACCUGACUGUUUCUCCCUCAGGUAUGGUGCUGGUGCGUACGGACACAGGCCAGCUGGUAAUGGUGCCUCAGCAGGUUCUAGCCCAGGCCCAGGCUAAGACUCAACAAGGCCAGGCAGCUGUCUCCAACAUCUCCCCCCGGCCUCCUACGCCUACCGCUGGGGCCACCAUCAGAGUCAGUACUCCCAGCCAGGUAUGGAUGGGGGAAUCAGGCUAAAGUUGUCUAGAGGGGGACUGGAAUGGAUUAUAUCAUAUCAAACUUGUUUGUCAAUCUGAAUGAUGUCUGCUGCCAUGUACUGGCCAAUCCUCUUUAGUGGUCCAAGUAUAGGCCUAGUCCUCCUGACAAAAAAAUCUCACUGCUUGAUCAUGUGGGUUUUCCAUAAGAUCGAUGCUGCCCAGGCCAAGAAUGUUAUUGGAGAUGAUGUAGUACAUGAUUGUGUAAGAGCUCAUCGUCAGCAUCAGUCUCAUGAGACCAUAGAUUCUCGUGUCUGGUCAGGUCUUGGUGUAGCAUCUGCUGUGGCUGUGGAGUCUCAUUCGUGAUCGGCAUACUCUGCCAUCAGUCGCAACUGAAGGUCUGCCCUGAUGUUGUAGGGAUGUCUUGCUGUUUCUUCCUCUUUACUAUUUUAAUUUCCCUCUCGAGUUGUGCCAGUGUCGUUUCACUUUUAGUAAGUCAUAACAAGUUGACCAUGUAUACCGGUACUAAUGUCCAUAAUGACUGCUUGUCUUCAUCCAAUGCACAUCUGACCCCUUGCUCCCCCUGUUCUCUGCAGGCCCCUUGUACACCCCAGGCUGUUCGGCUGGGGUCCCCUGUCCAGGCCAGAAUGUUGCAGUCCCCCUCUCCCACCAGCCCUGCUAUACAGGUGUGCACUUAAUGUCUCCAUUCAAAGCCCUCUGUCAGAAAACACACACCUAAUUAUAGUAGCUACUAUAGCCUCUCAGUAGAUUUAAAAUUAAUUUGUAUGAAAUCCAUUUUAAAUAUUCCAGCCCUGUUUUUAUUUGGUUGUGGUUUUCGUUGUUUGACCUAUGUUAUGUUGUAGUAAAUGGUUGUUUACUCUCAGCUGAAGUGUGUGUGUUGUUAAAACUUGUUUUUGUUUCCACUACUGUAUAAAGUGUAGUCAUAUUUCUGCCUGUUGUCAUUCUCUCCAGAAGGCCAUAUCCAUGGCUCCUGCAGGUGCCUCUGUGUCAGUGAAGAUGACCACCCCUCAGAAGGCCCAGACGGUGAUCACAGGGGGUCAGGCCCUGGCCAAGCCUGGUGCUGUACGGCCCACUAUAACCCUUAACACUGCAGCAGCCAGUGCCUCCACAACCCCUACCACAGGAACGGCACCAGUCUCCCAGGUGUGUCAAUUGUGUUACUUUGUUACUGGCACGUUGCUAGACCCGAACAGUGCGUGGUUUACCAUGUGGUGAGUUGGUUGACAUUUUUCUAUUGGCCGGUUUCCCCCUUGGGGAAAGUGCUGUUUACUGUAAAGUGUGUUGCUAUUUUAAAUGCCCUCAAAAUAAAGUUUAAUUUGAUUUAAUAACGUUUAUAAUAUCAGAAGUGGUGGUGACAUGAGAAGCAAACUUUGUGCAAAACUUGUCAAUCAUUUUCAUGGAAAGUCUAAUCCUACUGAAUGACCCAUUCUCCUCUCUUACAGGAAAUGCAAGAAAAUGUGAAGAAGUGCAAGAACUUCCUGUCCACCCUGAUCAAGCUGGCGUCCCACAACUCCCCGUCUCCAGACACAUCCAAGAACGUCAAGUCCCUGGUGCAGGAUCUUCUGGUGAGUCAAGACCCCUAUAGAGGACUAGGUUAAAAAUAUAAUGAGUAGAUGACGUCUUUGUAUCAUUUGUCAUAAACUCAUGCCUUAUAAAUGAUCUACGAAUGGCUUAUAUAUGACAGUUAUUAGAAAGAGUUAUGGCUUUUUGAAUUUUGUUAUGUAGUUCAAUUGUCAGCAGAAUGAUGGAGCGUGGAAUCAUGACAUUUCAUUUCAUGUAUUUGUUUGUCCUAUUAUCACACUUAAUGCCCACUUUCUUUGAUCAGGAUGCAAAAAUUGAGCCUGAGGAGUUCACCACACGUCUGCAGGCUGAGCUGAAGUCCUCUCCACAGCCGUACCUCAUCCCCUUCCUCAAGGUUUGUUUGUUACCCUUAACCCUCAGCCUGACCUUUUUCUGAGCUCAUUGCUAUGCAACUACUAAAGUACAAUGUAACAUGUUACUACAUUUACGUUGACAUUUUAGUCAUUUAGCAGACACUCUUAUCCAGAGCGACUUAUAGUUAGUGAGUGCAUACAUUUUUCAUUCUGGCCCCCUGUGGGAAACGAACCCACAACCCUGGUCGUUGCAAGCGCCAUGCUCUACCAACUGAGCUACAGGGUACCUGCGAUGUUACUAGUGUAAUUAGUGUUACUACCCAGGUAUAAGAGCAACUUAAUGUAAAUUGUUACCCUAACUUUCAUAGCAGGCCUGUGUGUACUAAUAAAAAAUAUAGACUUAGUCAAUUGUUGAUGACAUUACCAUGUAACCCGGAUGUGUUUCCUUCCGUACAGAAAAGCCUUCCUGCCCUGCGGCUGUCCCUGCUCAACAACCAGCAGUCUCUGCUGGCCUCCACCAACGCUUCUGCCCUGGCCGCUCCCUCCACUACUACCAUCACCAGGGCCCGGCUCCCCACCACCGUCAGCCCCGUCACGGGCAUUGUCAGGACACCCACCACUGCUCUGGUACGACCCUCCCGGACUUAGACACUGGAUACUGGAGAGAAGCGCUGCAGUUUUUAAUGGUUCUUCUUUCUAUAGUAGGCCUAGUAGAAUUCUUUUGAGGCCGUUCUAGGUUGUCUCUCUAUAAUAGCAUUGAUACACACACACACACACAACCAUUCUAUGUUGUGGUCUGUUAUAUUUACUGUGUUGUGUUCUGUCUGUAAUGUGCCACUUGACUCAAACUAGUUCAGUUUUCUGUUCAAGUUUUAUUUGUCACAUGCACAAGUACAGUGAAAUGCUUAACUUGCAAAAGUAGUAUAACUAAUUUUAAAAAAGAAGAAAAAAUACCCACAAUAAAUAAGAGGAAGCUAUAUACAGGGUCCGUGCCAGUACCACAUUUACAAUGUGCAGGGAUACUGGAGUAAUUUACAAUGUGCAGGGAUACUGGAGGGAUACUGUUCAUGUUCUAAUGGCUCCUCUCUCCCACCUCUCCUCUCUUCCAGGGUGUGAGAAGACCAGGGGUUCAGGGGGUCCAGACUCGCAUGCCAAUGGUCAUCACCCAGACCAUACGGCCACAAGGUACGGGUACUGCACAGCACCCUCUCUAUGCAGACCAUGGACAAGCUCAAUAUGACAUCCCAGCGCUCUCCACCUGUGCUAUUGGUGAAGGGAAGAGGUUAUCCCCAGUGGACACUUGUUUUUCCCACCUCAUUCAAUUAUUCAAGGCCUGGAGGAUUAUUUGGUGUCUCAGGUGUUUAGUGUUUAGCUCUAACAAAAAUGUACCAGCAGGGGAUGCCCCAGGACAGGAAUUGAAAACCCCUGCUUAAGAGUACUGCACAGAGGCCUAUUUUCUCACCAUGCUAUUGAACAGCUUGUAAUGAUAUGUUUUGUUUCUUUGUCUGGCACAGUUGCAAGAGGACCCACUAUUAUUGCAGGCAGAUCUCCUGUGGGCAUUGGUGCCCAGGCCUCUGCCAAUCAGAAGAAGCUAAAUGAGCCUGGAGGCGGGACGUUCAGGUACAGAAUAUCCAGGUUGGCAGGGGAAAACUAUACUCUGUAACCAGGUUUCCAUCCAAGCUUUUUAUGCGAUUAAAAACAUUUAAUGACAGGCCUGAUGGAAACAGAACAUUUGUCGUUAAACUUUCCAAAUGUAGACAAUACAAAAUACACUAGACAACGUGGGAUCGUUUUGUGUCGGUGAAAUGUUUUAUGCGAGAAAUGUCAGUGGAAACACUUUUUUUUAAAUGCACAAAUAUUGAUGUAUAACCAUCAUAUCGAAGUAAACUUGGAGUCACGUGAGAUGACAUGUUGUGUGACCCUUCCACUACGACUCGUUGGGAAAGCAUGAAGUUUAUUAGGCUACAGAUGAAAUAAGUUAUAAUGAACUUCACAGGGUGGUGAAAGUGCAAGGUGAGCUUGAUGCUCCUUUCCAAUAAAUAUCGAAGGUCUUAUUCUGGUGACAUGAUCAUCGAUUCUUGGCUGCCGUUUGACAAAUACAAAUAAUCUAUCUCAUCAUGGAUGUAGGCUAUACCCUGUAUCUGAGAGGUGUUGGCAAUACCAGAGUGGGCACAGUCGCUAUAUAACGCAACAUUUUUUGUGAAAGUUGAAAAUGCGAUGCAAACACAUUUAACUGGUAUUUUUUAUUCGGUACAUGGGAAUUUAACCACAAAAGGUAUUUUUAUGUGCACUACGUCAUCACUCACAGCCUUUUAUCUGCAACAAGUCAAUUUGAUGGAAACCUCUCUUGUGGGAGAGAUUUUUGUGCAGAUUUUUGAAUAUUCACAUAAAAAUCUGUCACCAAUUGGAUGGAAACCUAGCUACUUUGGUUAUCUGACCCCAUGUAAACCUGCAGUAUUCGAGGCAGUAUUUCGAGUAUUAGAAACUGUGAUACUUUUCCAUGAUGCAUGGAAACAGAUCAACCACAGGAUGGCGGCAUUUCACACGUUUUGACACAAUGAUGGGGUUGAGAAACAUACUUAAGUUAAUCAAACUUCAUAUUCUUUGAGAAAUUGACGUGAAAUUGACAUGGUGUAUUUGUCUAGGCAACCACCAAAUUAUAUUCAUGUUUAGCUUUCUUGUAAUGAACCAUAAAAUCAAGACAUAUCUGACUGAUUAUCAAAGUUAGCCGGCCAACUUAAUGAUCUUGCUUUCUGGAGCAACCCACUGAUCUGUGUGUACUGCAUAUCUUCAGAGAUGAUGAUGACAUCAACGACGUGGCGUCCAUGGCGGGGGUGAACCUGAACGAGGAGAACGCCCGUAUCAUGGCCACCAACUCUGAGCUGGUGGGCACCAAGAUCCGCUCCUGUAAGGACGAGGCCUUCCUCCCGCCAGGCCUGCUGCACAGACGCAUCAUGGAGACCGGUAUGUACAAUAACCUGUCCUUUCUCCUGAACCAGCUAAGACCCGAAGUGUGCACUUGUUCACUUACCUUAAUGGAUUUGAAAGGAAAUGACUAGUGUAAGAAAUAAGCCGCUGAAAGAAGUAGAGUUGGGCCCUGAUGUCUGUCGAUCAUCAAUAAAUGACUGACCACACCUUGUCAUCCCACCCCAGAUAAUGGCACUGAUUGGCUGUCCCAAUAUAUCGUGUCUUUAAACCCAGCUGAUGCCUUUCUCUCCCUUUCUUCCGCUAAAGCCAAGAGGUUUGGGGUGACAGAGGUCCCAGCUGAGGCAGUGAACUACAUCUCCCAUGCUACCCAGGCCAGGCUGAGAUCCAUGCUGGAGAAAGUGUCAACUAUCGCCCAGCACCGCACUGACGGGGGAAAGGUAAGAACAGGGAGAGUAGGGGUUUUCAUGAACAGAAGGUGAUGAACAGUACAUAGCCAGUACAUGCACAAGCACAACAGUACAUGAAUAACAAAGAAAUCACACAUGACCAACAUCAUGAACAGUACAUAAACAACACCAUCCUACUUGUCCCUUCCUCCUUCCUUUCACGCUCUCUCCUGUCCCUUCCCUCUCUGUGCAGGAUGAGGAGUGGUAUGAGCCGUCGACAGACGUCAGGGCCCAGCUCCGCUUCUUUGAGCAGCUGGACAGGAUGGAGAAACAAAGGAAGGACGAGCAGGAGAGGGAGGUCCUACUCAAGGCUGCCAAGGUAGAGACACACACCACCUGACUACAUACACACCGGAACUAUGUUAUUACCACAUUACUGCAUUACCAGCAAUAAUUAGUUUAACUCCAGAAGAGGGGUGGUCUGUUAAUAGCUGCAGUGUGUUUGUGUGUGCGUGUGCACGUGUGUCCACCCCAUGGGAACGAUGUGACACAUGAAAACGGGGAUAAUUAGUGGAGUUUGAACAGAAACCACAAUUCCCUCUACAGACAUCAUUAGACUUCCACGAGAGCAUACACACACACACACACACACACACACACACACACACACACACACACACACACACACACACUAAUUACCUUUAAUGUGGGAAAGAGAUGACAUCCAGGAGAUAAUUAUCUCUGUGCUGCUGUGUAGAUGGGAGCUCCCCAACCAUAUUCACACUGUCGUGUGGGAGUUGGUUUAGUUAAUAUGCAUUGCACGGCUUGUAAUUUACAUUAGACAACACAUACACGGAACAAAAAUAUAAAAGCAACAUGCAACAAUUUCAAAGAUUUUACUGAGUUACAGGAAAUCAGUCAAUUUAAAUAAAUUAGGCCCUAAUCUAUGGAUUUUACAUGACUGGGAAUACAGAUAUGCAUCUGUUGGUCACAGAUACCUUAAGAAAACAAUGUAGUGGCGUGGAUCAGAAAACCAGUCAGUAUCUGGUGUGACCACCAUUUGCCACAUGCAGCGCGACACAUCUCCUUCGCAUAGAGUAGAUCAGGCUGUUGAUUGUGGCCUGUGGAAUGUUGUCCCACUCCUCUUCAAUGGCUCUGUGAAGUUGCUGGAUAUUGGCGGGAACUGGAACAGGCUGUUGUACACGUCGAUCCAGAGCAUCCCAAACAUGUUCAAUGGGUGACAUGUCUGGUGAGCAUGUGAGUAUGUGAGCGGAGCGGAGCGUGCCCAAUUUGACUGGAGCGCGGGGCGUGAUUCCCAACGGCUAGAGCGUCGUCUGCCUUCUCGCCCACUCCAAUGAGCGUUCCAGUUACGCUCACUUCACCAGCUCAGGGCAUGCCCGGCCCGGCAUGCAUUUGUAGGCUAUUUGUGUGCUGCUAUAGCCCCUUGCUUUAGCUACUGUCAUGGAGUUCGCUAAAUAUUUUCAUAAAGAAACUGAUAAAACACACAGGUGCUAAAUCAAGGUGACUUACAAAGCUGAGGACCAAGAGCAAGAGAGGGAGUGUGGUGAUGUAGUGUCCAUAACUAAAGAGUCAUUGUGGAAUCUGAAAAGACAUGUACCCCGAAAGCAUGAUGGUGUACUUACUACUACAGUGGGGGAAAAAAGUAUUUAGUCAGCCACCAAUUGUGCAUGUUCUCCCACUUAAAAAGAUGAGAGAGGCCUGUAAUUUUCAUCAUAGGUACACGUCAACUAUGACAGACAAAAUGAGAUUUAUUUUUCCAGAAAAUCACAUUGUAGGAUUUUUUAUGAAUUUAUUUGCAUAUUAUGGUGGAAAAUAAGUAUUUGGUCAGUAACAAAAGUUUCUCAAUACUUUGUUAUAUACCCUUUGUUGGCAAUGACACAGGUCAAACGUUUUCUGUAAGUCUUCACAAGGUUUUCACACACUGUUGCUGGUAUUUUGGCCCAUUCCUCCAUGCAGAUCUCCUCUAGAGCAGUGAUGUUUUGGGGCUGUCGCUGGGCAACACAGACUUUCAACUCCCUCCAAAGAUUUUCUAUGGGGUUGAGAUCUGGAGACUGGCUAGGCCACUCCAGGACCUUGAAAUGCUUCUUACGAAGCCACUCCUUCGUUGCCCGGGCGGUGUGUUUGGGAUCAUUGUCAUGCUGAAAGACCCAGCCACAUUUCAUCUUCAAUGCCCUUGCUGAUGGAAGGAGGUUUUCACUCAAAAUCUCACGAUACAUGGCCCCAUUCAUUCUUUCCUUUACACGGAUCAGUCGUCCUGGUCCCUUUGCAGAAAAACAGCCCCAAAGCAUGAUGUUUCCACCCCCAUGCUUCACAGUAGGUAUGGUGUUCUUUGGAUGCAACUCAGCAUUCUUUGUCCUCCAAACACGACGAGUUGAGUUUUUACCAAAAAGUUCUAUAUUGGUUUCAUCUGACCAUAUGACAUUCUCCCAAUCCUCUUCUGGAUCAUCCAAAUGCACUCUAGCAAACUUCAGACGGGCCUGGACAUGUACUGGCUUAAGCAGGGGGACACGUCUGGCACUGCAGGAUUUGAGUCCCUGGCGGCGUAGUGUGUUACUGAUGGGAGGCUUUGUUACUUUGGUCCCAGCUCUCUGCAGGUCAUUCACUAGGUCCCCCCGUGUGGUUCUGGGAUUUUUGCUCACCGUUCUUGUGAUCAUUUUGACCCCACGGGGUGAGAUCUUGCGUGGAGCCCCAGAUCGAGGGAGAUUAUCAGUGGUCUUGUAUGUCUUCCAUUUCCUAAUAAUUGCUCCCACAGUUGAUUUCUUCAAACCAAGCUGCUUACCUAUUGCAGAUUCAGUCUUCCCAGCCUGGUGCAGGUCUACAAUUUUGUUUCUGGUGUCCUUUGACAGCUCUUUGGUCUUGGCCAUAGUGGAGUUUGGAGUGUGACUGUUUGAGGUUGUGGACAGGUGUCUUUUAUACUGAUAACAAGUUCAAACAGGUGCCAUUAAUACAGGUAACGAGUGGAGGACAGAGGAGCCUCUUAAAGAAGAAGUUACAGGUCUGUGAGAGCCAGAAAUCUUGCUUGUUUGUAGGUGACCAAAUACUUAUUUUCUACCAUAAUUUGCAAAUAAAUUCAUUAAAAAUCCUACAAUGUGAUUUUCUGUUUUUUUUUUUCUCAAUUUGUCUGUCAUAGUUGAUGUGUACCUAUGAUGAAAAUUACAGGCCUCAUCUUUUUAAGUGGGAGAACAAUUGGUGGCUGACUAAAUAAAAAAAUUCCCCACUGUAUGUGCACAUGCUAAAAGAAAGGAAAGAAGUGGGUAGCUAAUUGUCAUUGUAGCAAAGUAUUUAUAAACAAAAAAUCAGAUUACUUAAAAGUCUUGUUUCAGUUUUAUUCUAUUAUCUAUACAAUAGGCCAUAAUUGAUUUUGGCCCAAUAGACCUGGCAUAUUCCAACUUUCAAGGGGCUUUCCCAUAAAAACCUUUAUGCCUACAACUCUGCAUUCCUGCCCAGCCUGGCAAGAGAGGCCAAAAGUGUGUUUAGCAUCCCCAGUGGCUCUGUAAGCGCAGAGAGGAUAUUCUCCGCUGCUGGCCUGCUAUCCAGGCACCAUCACAUGAGCCUGAAGCCACAGACUCUGGCCAAACUCUGUUUUCUAAUAGACUGAGCCUAAUAAGGCAUUUUUCGUUUAAUUUGUAUUCAAUUCUAAGUCACAGCCUAUAUGCGCAAUUUAUAGACUAUAAUGAUUUAAUACAAUAAAAUGUUGUUUAAAUACUGAGCACCGUAUGCCCCUACCAGCCUAGUGUGUCGCAGUCGCAAAUGCUUGACAAUGUAUUUCUUUGUAGGCUAUAGCCUUGAAAUAAUUGAAAUAACAUAGCCUAAAUAAUUCAUUUCCGUUCCUUCUUAGGCUCCCUGUCUGGCUCCUGACUUAUUUAGAGUCUUUAUAUGCUGUUUAAUAUGACAUGUAGCCUAUUUGAAAUUAUGAGCGCUUCUUACAUUCACCUUUUCAUGUUUAUUAAAAUACUUUUCAUUAAAAUCAUAUGGUUUGGUUUCAAUGCUUCAAAACCAAAUGGUAGGUCAAAAAAUAGAUGGUUGUUGGUUAAAUUGUGAUUUUAAUGAAUGGAGUGAAUUUGGAGCGGCAGUUUCCGACCGCUCAACUCCACUCACAUACUCUGCUGGUUAGUAUGCAGGCCAUGGAAGAACUUGGACAUUUUCAGCUUCCAGCAAUUGUAUGACACUGGGGUCGUACAUUGUCAUGCUGAAACAUGAGGUGAUGGCGGCUGAUGAAUGGCACGACAAUCUGUGCUUUCAAAUUGCCAGCAAUAAAAUGCAAUUGUGUUUGUUGUCCGUAGCUUAUGCCUGCCCAUACCAUAACCCCACCACCACCAUGGGUCUCUGUUCACAACGUUGACAUCAGCAAACUGCUCGCCCACACGACACCAUACACACUGUCUGCCAUCUACCUGGUACAGUUGAAACUGGGAUUCAUCCGUGACGAGCACACUUCUCCAACGUGCCAGUGGCCAUCGACGGUGAGCAUUUGCCCACUGAAGUCGGUUACGACGGCGAUCUGCAGUCUGGUCAAGAACCUGGUGAGGACGACGAGCAUGCAGAUGAGCUUCCCUGAGAUGGUUUCUGACAGUUUGUGCAGAAACUAUUCGGUUGUGCAAACCCACAGUUUCAUCAGCUGACCAGGUGGCUGGUCUCAGACGAUCCCGCAGGUAAAAAAUCAGGAUGUGGAGGUCCUAGGUUUGGUUACACGUGGUCUGCGAUUGUGAGGCCGGUUGGACAUACUGCCAAAAUAUCUAAAACGACGUUGGAGAGGUGGCUUAUAGUAGAGAAAUUAACAUUCAAUUCUCUGGCAACAGCUCUGGUGGACAUUCCUGUAGUCCGCAUGCCAAUUGCACACUCCCUUAAAACCUGAGACAUUGAUCAUGCUGUUUAAUCAGCUUCUUGAUAUGCCACACCUGUCAGGUGGAUGGAUUAUCUUGGAAAUGCGCAUUAACAGGGAUGUAAAGAAAUUUGUGCACACAAUUUGAGGGAAAUAAACUUUUUGUACGUAUGGAACAUUUCUGGGAUCUUUUAUUUCAGCUAAUGAAACAUGGGACUAACACUGCGUUUAUAUUAUUGUUCAGUAUAUAAUUGACUAAAGUGAGAAACCAAUACUUCUCUUUCCACACAAGAUACAUAACCUGUAUCAAUAGUUAAGAACAAUAACUGUAAUAUACUAUAACAGUGUUCUACAGCCCACAUUGGUGCUAUGAUCUGCGGCUGUGACGGUCAUGACAUUUUGGAUGACGGUAAUUGGCUAGACAAAUGACACGGUCUCUGUAAUAAUCGUUCAAAUAGCAAUAGACUUUUAGUCAAAGAAGACUAAAUUCACCAGGAAUUUAGCAAGAAAUGUGUUUAAUUUAGAAAAUCUAUUCCCAAGUAUUCCCAUAAAUAAAAAAAGACGUGUUCGUGUCUCAAUGUAAUCAAGUUAUGAAAUUAUUAUUUUCAGAUACAAUCUCCUUUUUGGGCUUAGUUGUGGUCAAUUUGCAGUGUACAAAUUAUUAUAAUUAUUUUGCGACCCCCGAUUUAUUUUCCUGCCACCCCGUCGCUGACUAGUUGCCUACACCUGAAGUUGUACCUUUUCAGGUUUAGAAGAAGUGACUGCUAAAUACUAUCUCCUGUUCUUAUAAGCCAUUUCUGUAUGCUAACUGUAAUGCAGUUGAUUGGUGACUAUGGCAUGAACAUAUAUUGGGGUUGACAUCCAUACAAGUAUUAUACUCAGAUUUUCACCUCAACAUAGUGUGAAAUACACAAACAACAGCCUAAAUGUAGGGUAAUUUUGCUGGGGGAAAUGGGGAGAUUCGGAUCUUUCCCCCACGCAUUUCCAUGGCAUUUCCAUUGUUUUGGUUGAGUUCCAUUGACCUCUUUACCGCAUCUAUUACGAGUGUACCCAUGAGUUUACCAGUCCAAUUGCCAGGGUUAGAGGUUCCAAGCCCAUUCUAUUUAUGUGUGUGCUGCUGCUGCAUUGUGGGGGUGUUGCUUAGGCCAGUGGUUCUCAAACCUCUCCUCGGGGACCCCCAGACGUUUGACAAUUUUAUUGUAGCUCUGAACUAGCUCACCUGAUUUCAACUAGUCAAGGGCUUGGUGAUUAGUUGACAAGAUGAAUCAGGAGUGCUAGCUCUGGAAUAGAUCAAAUACAUGGAACGGCUGGGGGUUCCCGAGGAAAGGUUUGAGAACCACUGGCCUAGGCAACCGAAGACUUCUUUGCUAUUACACCUUGUUUGUUUCAGCAAGGUGCAACACAGUUUCAUCACAUUGUUAAGAGUCCAUGUUACCGUAGAAACGGACUCAACCGCACGAAUGCCUGGCUGUCCUGUCUUAAGGCAGCUGUUGGUUCCUGUUAUGAUGAGUUUCUGGUAUUGAGAAGUUCAGGAUGCAAGAGAGUAUGGGACACAGAUGGAGAGUUGAUUCAGCCAUUAUUUAAUUCAGUACUGGAUUCAAUGACAGGCUGUACGGACGUAGCCUCCUGCCAUCUGAAUGACUUCCAUACAAAAUCUCUGUUUAUAUAAUGCCCUUCCGAUCUACUUCUGUCCCACACAUUAUUGACUGUCACUCAUCUUACUACAAUAGCAUCCACAUAUUUGGUAUCGUGUAUCACCUAGCCAGGCCCUCACGUAGCCCUCUUAAGAUUAGCAACUGUGGCCCCCAAUCUAUCUUGGCACACCGACACUCUGUCACUAACCCAUGACACCAAUAACACAUGGCGUGUCCUUGUCCUCUGUCCCACAUGCAGCUUAUGAGUUUUACAUACAUUAAUGAAUCUUGUAUCACAGAUCAUUAUAACAGUUCCCAAUGACAAUAUUUUCUUUUCUUGACGGUCUUCAUCCAUAACUGUUGGUUACGCAGUUAUACAGUAAUUGCGCCAGCCCUACAAGCUCCAAAAUCAAAUCUUAUUUGUCACAUGUGCCGAAUACAACAGGUGUAGAUUUUGCCGUGAAAUGCUUACUUACGAGCCCUUUCCCAACAAUGCAGGGUUAAAAAGUAAGAAACAUUUAAAAGUAAGAAAAUGGUGCAAAAAAAAUUAAUAAUGAAAUAGUAACACAAUAAAAUAACAAUAACCAAGCUAUAUACAAGGAGUACUGGGACCGAGUCAAUGUACAGGGGUAUGAGGUAAUAUGUACAUGUAGGUAGGGGUAAAAAUGACUAGGCAAUCAGGAUAGAUUAUAAGCAGUGUGUGUGUGUUGUGUUGUGUAGUAUGUGUGAGUGUGAAUAGAGCCAGUGACAUUUUUUUAACAAAGGGGGUCAAUGCAAUUAGUCAAAGUAUCAAUUUGAUUAACUGUUCAGCAGUCUUAUGGCUUUGGGGUAAAAGCUGUUCAGGAGCCUUUUGGUCCCAAACUUGGUGCUCCGGUACUGCUUGCCGUGCUGUAGCAGAGAGAACAGUCUAGGACUUGGGUGGCUGGAAUUUUUAGGGCCUAUCUCUGACACCGCCUGGUAUAGAGGUCCUGGAUGGCAGGGAGCUCGGCCCCAGUGAGGUAUUGGGCCGUACGUACUACCCUCUGUAGCGCCUUACGGUCGGAUGUAAAGCAUUUGCCAUACCAAGCGGUGAUGCAGCCAGUCAAGAUGCUCUCAAUGGUGCAACUGUAUAACUUUUUGAGGAUCUGAGGGCCCAAGACAAAUAUUUUCAGGGGGAAGAGGCGUUGUCGUGCCCUCUUCGACUGUCUUGGUGUGUUUGGACCAUUAUAGGUCCUUAGUAAUGUGGACACAGAGGAACUUGAAGCUCUUCCUCUCAUGACAAGGUAUCCACCUCCCCUGUCUCUCGCUUUCCCUCUGUCUCUCUCCUUCUAAACUGUCUGUCUCUCACUCUCUCAACUAUAGAGUCGCGCCAGACAGGAGGACCCAGAGCAAGCUCGGUUGAAGGCGAAAGCUAAAGAGGUAAGCGCUUCAUUUUGUGUUUCCCUCCACAUACCAACAAAUCAAAGCAGUUGACACGCAGUAUCAUUAUCUAUGUACAAUAUCAAAAAAUACACAAAUGGUCUAUAAAGUCCAUUGUCAGACAGCUACAGACUGGCAUGCAAGAACUUUCCACCAAAAUACAAACAUUUUCCAUAUAGACCAACCACCCCAACCAUGCCCAUAUUUGGGGCUAGCUCUCCCCAUAUUAUAGCUCUGCCUUGGGCCACACUGUCUGUUUGGACAGUGUUUCACCACUUUGACCCAGAGCGGGCUCUGUGACCUCUGUGCCUUGAGGCAUUAUUCAUAAAGAUCAGGACAGGGGAGCCCAAGUCAGGACACGUUGCUGUAGUCAGCAACCCAUGUCCUGUAGAAGUCGCCUAAUCAGUAUUUUGUUUAGCUUUAUCAUUUUUGUUAGUGCUGGGCUAGAUCAAAGGCAUGGAAGCCAAGUCGCUCCCCAGGAGGAAGGUUGGCCACACCUGGUUUAACGCCUAUGUCAAGAAUAGGCAUCUUCAGUCCUAGAGGGCCAAAAACUAAAACACCUCUGGUUUUCAUUCUCUCCUAAUCAGGGACUGAUUCAGACCUGAGACACCAGGUGGACUCUGUCCAAUCAAUCCGUGACAUAAAUAAAUCAUUACUACUACAAGGUAGAAAAUUAAACCAGCACUACUUGGGCCCUCCAGGCCUCUGGCCUAUGUGAUCAAGACUAGUUUCCAGGAUGUGCAGAGAGGCGUAACCUGGUUCUGCCUCUACCAAUUAAUUUCUUAAACAGACAGGGACCUGACCAGAGGCAAUGUUAGCUAGGCCUACAGAGCCCUACUCUCUGCCUUGUGCCCUCAUAAUGCCUGAAGAUACAAUGCCCCCUUCACACACACAUGCGCCUGCUUCAAGCCGUUGGCCUCUGUUCCAUCUUGACCUCCAGGGUCAGGUCACACCAUGUGCAGCACUUCCCUUUCAAUUAGCGUUACUAACGUUGACAUUAAUGAGGAUGUCAACGUUGCCUUGAAUUAUGUCUUCUGUCGAUUCGUUUUUUUCCAUGCUCCUCCUUUGGAGUGGGCGGCUGUUUUAGUUUGUAGCACUAGCCUGCUGCAGAAGGAUUUGUGUUCAUGGCAGAUAAUAAUAGCCUAAUAAUAUGAAAUGGUUGUACUCUACGAAUAGGCCUAUUAGAGGUCCUCUGUAGCUCAGCUGGUAGAGCACGGCGCUUGUAACGCCAAGGUAGUGGGUUCGAUCCCCGGGACCACCCACACACAAUAAUGUAUGCACGCAUGACUGUAAGUCGCUUUGGAUAAAAGCGUCUGCUAAUUGGCAUAUUAGAGGGUUUGUCCUGUAAGAUUUUUCAGAGCCCUUUUGUAAAGCUACUGUACUUGGCUCUGUAUCACAUCUCUCUUUUGUAGAUGACAACUUUCUCCAUUCCAGCUAUUAUGCAACCAAUGAUAGAUCCUUUUCAGGAUGUAAAUCAGACAGGAGAGUAUAAAUGUCUGUGGCUCUCUUUCCCAUCUCAGAUGCAGCAGGCGGAGCAGGCCCAGAUCCGGCAGCGUGAAGCCAACCUCACUGCCCUGGCGGCCAUCGGUCCCCGCAAGAAACGCAAGAUGGACUCGCCAGGGAGCUCCACAUCGGGCACAGAGGUAAGGGUCCUAAAAUGUGGCAGUAUGAAUGUGUACAGUGGGGGAAAAAAGUAUUUAGCCAGCCACCAAUUGUGCAAGUUCUCCCACUUAAAAAGAUGAGGCCUGUAAUUUUCAUCAUAGGUACACGUCAACUAUGACAGACAAAAUGAGAAAAAGAAAUCCAGAAAAUCACAUUGUAGGAUUUUUUAUGAAUUUAUUUGCAAAUUAUGGUGGAAAAUAAGUAUUUGGUCAAUAACAAAAGUCUCUCAAUACUUUGUUAUAUACCCUUUGUUGGCAAUGACACAGGUCAAACGUUUUCUGUCAGUCUUCACAAGGUUUUCACACACUGUUGCUGGUAUUUUGGCCCAUUCCUCCAUGCAGAUCUCCUCUAGAGCAGUGAUGUUUUGGGGCUGUCGCUGGGCAACACAGACUUUCAACUCCCUCCAAAGAUUUUCUAUGGGGUUGAGAUCUGGAGACUGGCUAGGCCACUCCAGGACCUUGAAAUGCUUCUUACGAAGCCACUCCUUCGUUGCCCGGGCGGUGUGUUUGGGAUCAUUGUCAUGCUGAAAGACCCAGCCACGUUUCAUCUUCAAUGCCCUUGCUGAUGGAAGGAGGUUUUCACUCAAAAUCUCACGAUACAUGGCCCCAUUCAUUCUUUCCUUUACAUGGAUCAGUCGUCCUGGUCCCUUUGCAGAAAAACAGCCCCAAAGCAUGAUGUUUCCACCCCCAUGCUUCACAGUAAGCAUGGUGUUCUUUGGAUGCAACUCAGCAUUCUUUGUCCUCCAAACACGACGAGUUCAGUUUUUACCAAAAAGUUCUAUUUUGGUUUCAUCUGACCAUAUGACAUUCUCCCAAUCCUCUUCUGGAUCAUCCAAAUGCACUCUAGCAAACUUCAGACGGGCCUGGACAUGUACUGGCUUAAGCAGGGGGACACGUCUGGCACUGCAGGAUUUGAGUCCCUGGCGGCGUAGUGUGUUACUGAUGGUAGGCUUUGUUACUUUGGUCCCAGCUCUCUGCAGGUCAUUCACUAGGUCCCCCCGUGUGGUUCUGGGAUUUUUGCUCACCGUUCUUGUGAUCAUUUUGACCCCACGGGGUGAGAUCUUGCGUGGAGCCCCAGAUCGAGGGAGAUUAUCAGUGGUUUUGUAUGUCUUCCAUUUCCUAAUAAUUGCUCCCACAGUUGAUUUCUUCAAACCAAGCUGCUUACCUAUUGCAGAUUCAGUCUUCCCAGCCUGGUGCAGGUCUACAAUUUUGUUUCUGGUGUCCUUUGACAGCUCUUUGGUCUUGGCCAUAGUGGAGUUUGGAGUGUGACUGUUUGAGGUUGUGGACAGGUGUCUUUUAUACUGAUAACAAGUUCAAACAGGUGCCAUUAAUACAGGUAACGAGUGGAGGACAGAGGAGCCUCUUAAAGAAGUUGUUACAGGUCUGUGAGAGCCAGAAAUCUUGCUUGUUUGUAGGUGACCAAAUACUUAUUUUCCACCAUAAUUUGCAAAUAAAUUAAUUAAAAAUCCUACAAUGUGAUUUUCUCGAUUUUUUUUUUUCUCAAUUUGUCUGUCAUGAAAAUUACAGGCCUCUCUCAUCUUUUUAAGUGGGAGAACUUGCACAAUUGGUGGCUGACUAAAUACUUUUUUCCCCCACUGUAUAUAUCCUAAGUUUGAAAGAUAUCCUCAUUUUCCAAUUACUUUUACCCUCUGACUUUUCAUCACAUUAAGAAAAAAAACUUGCUUUUUAAGUAAUGCCAAAAAGAAAGCGGGGAUUGCUUUGCUCAUGGUCGUACACCUCUGUCAUCAAUACAACUACAUGUCCCCCAUCACCCUCCCUAUCCAACAGAGAGCAGAGUUAAUGUGACCAGAGUUGAGUGAAGGGGGUCAGCGUGUGCCUCAAGGCUUGUUGUUGGUGUGUCUGCACCACUCUACCCCCUCGAAGCCCCCCUCCUCUCACACCCUGAGAGGAGCCAUAGAUUUCAGCUCUGUAGAAAUGAGCCUGAGGGGUAACACAGCCUGGGGCAGCUGCAGUAUGGGUGCCUCAGUCACAGCCACCACCCCCUCCCACAUCCAGCCCUGAGUUCUCCCCCAAGCGAUCCCAGACAAAGGGCUCUGUGCGGGAUGAGAGCCUGGGAUUAGGAGAGGGAGGGAAUGCAAGCGAGAGGGAACAUUUUGGGAAGGGGAAGGUGUAAAAAUGAACUUUGCCGUGGUGAAUUCCUAUCUGAACGGCUAGCAAGCUAGUCAGUCAGUUGGUAGGUUAGCCAGUUGGUGAGCUAGCCAGGUAGUUAGCUGGGUCGUUCCAACAAUUCUCUGUGCCUUUUGAGAAGUGUAACUUGGUAAAAAAAAAAGAAUGUUUUAACGUUGUGUCAUAAAGAGCACAUGUUCUACUUCAUAAAAAAACAAUUUUUUCCCAUCUCAAGAGAUUAAAUAAAUAAAAAAUACUAUAGUAAGUGCCUAUUAACUGCCAAAUAAAGUAACAGGGUUGACUGUAACAGGGUUGACUGUAACAGGGUUGAUGAUUUCAUCUUAAUCAGCCAUAAAUCCCCUUGUGACAGGGUGAAUACAACAGGGAGUAUAAAAAAAAUAUAUUAUGCACUAACUGUAAGUCGCUCUGGAUAAGAGCGUCUGCUAAAUGACUAAAAUGUAAAUGUAAAAUUGAAUGCAAGUUUCACAAAAAAAUGAAAUUGUUCAAACGUCUAGCCUGUCUGUGCGUAACAGUGUUGACUUGUUAUGCUCGACUUGCUCAGUUUUCCACCACAAAACACCAACAAAUGGCCAAAAAGAGUACAACCAGCUCACCUGCUUUUACACUAUGAUUUGACUAUUACAUGUUCAAUGUUUCUUUUGAAAAAAAAUGUUUUAAAGGAAUAGUUUCACCGUUUUAGAACGAGAGUUCAGUUCAUGUAACAGGAUUGACCUUAAAAUGAAGGACAGAUUAAAAUGAAUCACUAAUCACAUGAAAUAAAUAAUCUUCGGAAAUGACUGUCAAAGCAACAAAAUAACUAGGGCUUUACAAUGAUGGUGAAGACUUGGAGACAUUUUGGGGUUAAGUGGGUUAAAAUCUUCCUAUAAGUCAGAGCGCACGGAGGGACAUGUCAAAAUGCUGAAUUGGCAAUAUUGGUGCACAAUUUCUACUUAAAAUAUCAAAGGGACGCAAAAGGCACUCAUUUCGUGGAACUACCCAGCAAGUCCCUUAAAUCAGCUACUUUGCUUGCUAGUUUGUAAAAUAGAUAAACAGUCGCUAGUGAAAGUCUGCACACCCCUUGCACAGUAUUCACAUUUUGCUGCCUUAAAAUGUAAUAAAAAUAUAUUAAAUUGGUAAAGUGUAAGCAGUUAUAGAAAAUAUUCCUAAAUAAAACAAACAAAGAUGUCUUGAUUGCAAUAAAUGUUUCUUUCACUUGAAAAUGUUGAGUAGGUUGUGUAAAUUGGUAGGGGAAAAAAUCGAAUUUAAUACAUUUUUUGAUAAAAUUUGAAGGCAGCAAAAUGUGCAAGGGGUGACAGAGACGCACACAUGAACACACAUACACCCUUUAAAGCCAGCAUGCUCCUUUGAGACCCCUCUUUCAAGGUCACUGAGAUCUCUUCUGGCCAUGGUAGCCAAAAUAAUGGGCAACUGGGCAUUUUUAUACAUGGCCCUAAGCAUGAUGGGAUGUUAAUUGCUUAAUUAACUCAGGAACCACACCUGUGGGGAAGCACCUGCUUUUAAUAUACUUUAUGUCCGUCAUUUACUCAAGUGUUUCCAUUAUUUUUGACAGUCACCUGUAUGUUCGUUAGAUAGUUGGGUAAUUAGCAAGUAAACAAAGUAGUCCCCUAUGGGAUGUUUAUUUUCUACCGUAGAUAAUGAGUAGAAAUGCAGAAAGGUUGCCUGACUCCUUUGUUUGCCUUUCCUCAUACAAACCCAAACGGCCUGAGGGGCUCGUGGCAGGCUGAUGUGUCUACCUCACCCUGAGCGCUCCUGCAGAUGGGAGCUAAGGGGCCUGUUGGGGCUCCAACCUCAGGGCAGAUUAGUUACAAAGAAGGCAGCUUGGAGACAAAGAUUUCACGCUGGGAUUCAAUCCAAUCGGCCCUUUUCGACUAUGCACCUCAAUCAGAUUUUUUGUUGUUGAGAUUUUCAAGAGCUCAAUCAGAAAUGUUUAAUGUCAAGGCGGAUCUAACCCGGAUCUGAAUGAAUUCGGCCUUUAAGUCAGAGAACUAAAUAACAUUUGUAAUACGUUCUUCUGAAUAAAGAAGAGUUCUUUAUCCAUGGCCAACUUCCAUGCCUAUGUGAACGAGUUUCCUGAGUGAUCAGACCGGUCACAGUUAUAUCACAAGAGGAUCUUUGACUGAUUUGAGUCGGAACGGUGAUCUCGUGCUACCCAUCAUGCUUGAUUGGGGUUGGUGAUUGCUGUGUCUCUGUCUACACUGGGUGUGUAAUGUUGGGGGCAUUCAUUGUGCCAGUAUGGAGUACACACCCGUGUGUGUGUGUGUGGCGCCUGCAGGCUGUUAAGCUUUAUAAUGCUCUGAUUGUGUUCCUGUAUGGACCUGGAGCCUUAUUCCUAUCCUCUAGUGUCAGCUCUCCCCUCAGGCUCUCGGCACAUAGAAGUAGAAUAUAGUACUACUCAUUUGAUAUAAUAUGGACCACCAUUUGUUCACAAAAUGGCCAUUGCAUAAAACAGACAUUUUCUAGUUCCCAAAUGUUUUUCAUGAGCCCCGAUAAUGAAAUGUACCUGUUGUAACCACCAGGCCCCAGUUAAGGAACCCCUGGCUGGCAUGUAGCCUAUCAGUUCCAGGAUACACCACAGGGUUAUUCAGUUAGGCACAAUGUCACUGAGUUCACUAAGACAUGUACAAUUUCCUCACCCCAUACAAAACACCGCAUCAACUCAACCCACACUGUAUGAUAUCACAUUGGUAAUGGUUGCUCUUUGCGCAUGUUGGAGCUGUCCCAAAAUGGAGAGAACAUGGCAUUUAGUGUGCACGGUAAGGGUGUGGCCCGUUUCCCUCAAACUGUGCAUACACCUUGUAUGAAACUGUGGUGAUGCACGCACAAGCCUGCGCUGUCAUAGCUUAAUAGUGAGUGGGAUAGGACAGGUGACAGUGAAUUUACAUUUCUGUCGUUAGACCACAUCACUUGUUCCCUGGCUGCAUUACUAUUGCUUGAGCCUAGAUGUUGGCACACAGGCUGGGGAUCGCCAAUACAGAUAUUGUAAGACACUUGAAACAACCCUAAAUCACUUACUAGCAGAUCUAACUUUUGUAAUGCCAUCCCUUUCUCCUCAGGUUGCUUCGAGUUCAGGGGCUGGCUCUUCCACAGCCACCUCCUCCCGCCAACAGCUCCGUCAGCGGAUCACGCGAGUCAAUCUCAGGGACUUUAUCUUCUGCCUGGAGCAGGAGAGGGCCACAUCCAGGUCCUUACUACUCUAUAAGGCUCUCCUGAAGUAG